AUGCCUUCUCUCGUUCGCCCUUGGACCCAGCCAUCCUUCGCCGCCGGCCAGACCGUCACCCUCGUCGCUCAACACACUUUACCCUCGCUUGCCGUCACAUGCACACCAUCCGCCAGGCUCCAACCCUUCACAAAAGGCCUUGCCAUCCCCUCGUCCACUCUCGAGCGAGUCAAGGCCGAACCACGCGCUCCUGGAGAACAAGUGUGUGCCGCCCCCAGCCCCGAUCAUCUCGUUUCGCUGCCUACCCUUGGUCCACCCAUAACCCGGCCCGUCUCGCGCAACCCUUCCUCGAUGUCCAUCCGCCGUCUCGCGUCCAACCGCCCCGUCCUCCACUGCAAGGUCGACUUGCCUCCCGUACCCUCCUUCCCCUCUGGCUCCCUUCGCGGCAACACUCCCACCGUAACCCCGUCCCUCACGCCCGGCCAGGCAGCGUCUCCCUUCCCGCUCUCUCUGCGCCAGUUCACCCUCGCACACUCAAAGACCCGCAACGCAAACGCGUCCCCCAUCACGCCCAUCGACCAGAUCAUGCCGCGCGCCCCUCUCUCGCCGCCUCCGCUCCAAGUCCGCCCUCUCGCUCUGUCCCGGCCUCACACUAGAAAGCUUCAUCUCGCUGCCCCGCUGAAACUGGCUCUCCACAGCGACUUCAUCGCUGAUUCUCCGCCCCGCACGCCUGUCCUUGGGCUUGGUCUGGAAUUCGCCGGCACGCCCUACGCCGCUGAACUCGCUCCGCCGUCGCCAUUCUUGCUGGACGGACCGCCCGGUGCUCGCUCGAGCCUAUCACCUCUAGCCAGCCCUAUCGCUCCUUCUAUGGCAACCACGACCAACGGAUGUGAUACCCCCAGUCCCCAGCGGGACGUCAGUCCGCCGGACCCGACAAAGCGCCGCCAGUCGACUACUGGUAGUUGCGCAGGAGCCGUCUCUCUACAUGCUCGUGCAAGGCCGCCCCUCAGACUGUCUCUCCCUCGCCGACUGUCCUACAACCGCUCUGGUUUCGCGAGCUCGCCUGGCAACGGCGCCGCGACCCCGACAGCGAUCGACGAAGGCCUUGCUUCGCCCGCUGUCAUAGGGCCUCAGUGUGGACCAGGACUCACGGGGAUGCCCAAGCCUGGACGACCCAAGUCUCUGGUAACGAAGGCCAACCAUCCCGGGACCCCGGGCGUGUAUGCGCACCUCCCCAGGAUGGUCGAGCUGGGAAGCUAUUUCUGA